AUGACGGCCGGACCACGCAUGUCCUCGAACGCUGAACAUGAAAUUUCCCAGGUGGACGAUCAUGUAGACGAAAAUGGAGGCUGGGACGGCCCCGACGACCCAGACAACCCAGCGAAUUGGCCUCGACAUAAGCGCAAUUGGAACAUCGUCUUGGUUGCUUUGGUUCAGCUCUUGUCCAAUCUUGGUUCUACCAUGUUUGCCCCAGGUGCAGCCAAACUGAUGAAGGAUUUCGAUUCGACUUCACAUACGGUCACUAGCUUGUCUGUUUCUAUUUACGUCCUUGGCUAUGCUCUUGGACCCCUACUAUUCGCCCCUCUUUCUGAAGUAUUUGGAAGACUGCCGAUCUAUAUUGUCACUAAUGUGAUGUUUCUCGCCUUUGUACUCGCUUGCGGCUUCGCCACCAACCUAUCAAUGUUUAUUGUAUUUCGUUUCAUAAAUGGCGCUGUCGGAUCCGCCUCUCAGGCACUAAGCGGAGGCACCUUAGCUGACCUCGUCCCAAGGGAGGAACGAGGAAAGUGGAUGGGGUUGAUUGUUCUUGGCCCAAUCAUGGGACCGACUAUUGGUCCCAUCGCUGGAGGCUUCGUUAGCCAGUACAUUGGAUGGAGAUGGGUCUUCUAUACCCUUGCUAUCACGUGGGGAGUCAUCCUCGUUCCAGCCCUCAUCUUUAUGCGGGAAACAUAUUCACCAGUCAUUCUACGCCGCAAGUUUGGCCGCAAAGAUGAAGGCAGUGCUUUUCAGGGCGAGACUAUUCUUACUAGACUUCGCAAGAGCAUCGGGAUGCCUUUGAAACUACUUUUCUUUUCGCCUAUCGUGUUCUUUCUUUCCCUAUAUGUCGCAUUCAGCUUUGGCCUGAUGUAUCUCCUAUUUACGACCUUUAGCACUGUUUUUCGUGACCAGUAUGGCUUUUCAGUUGGGAUUUCUGGCCUCUCAUAUAUUGGGCUCGGUGUCGGUAUGUUGGGUGGUGUCACAGUCCAAGCAAGGCUCAGCGACCGAAUCAUGAAAUCCCGUGAGGCGGCGAGAGGGGGCGAACGAAGACCGGAAGACCGCUUGGUCAUGAUGGCUUAUAUGGCGCCAAGUCUGCCGAUAGGGCUCUUCUGGUAUGGCUGGGCGACCGAGAAACAAGUUCACUGGAUUGUGCCUAUCCUCGGAACUGUUUUUGUGGGUGUCGGAUUCAUCUGCAUUCUGAUGUCUGUGAUGAUGUAUCUUGUUGACGCCUUUGAUGUCAAAUACACUGCGUCAGCCCUGGCGGCGAAUACCCUUCUGCGCUCGCUGGGAGGAGCGUUCCUCCCACUUGCGGGACCUAAAAUGUACAGUAAACUUGGCCUUGGUUGGGGUAAUUCAUUGCUUGGAUUUUUAGCAGUAGCUUUUAUUCCUUUGCCUUGGAUCUUUCUUUACUAUGGUAAGCAGAUAAGGCUUAGUGGUCGAAAGUUUAUAUAA